CCUGAUCCUCUUCUCCGUCACCCAUCGCUGUUGCCUCUCUUUCUCUCUCUCUCUCUCUCUCUCUCUCUCUCUCUCUCUCUCUCUCUGCCACUCAUCCUCCUCACCACCUCUCUCUCUACCCACCGACUCACCCAUCCUAUACACAAUGCAGACUGUCCAGGGUUCCCCUCCGCCCUACGCGACCGAUCACAUCGACGAGAAGAAGGAUGCCUCUGCCGAUCUCGAGGUCAACUACAAGCCCGGUUUCGAGGAGGCCGAUGCCUUCGGUAACGAAGAAUUGGCGGAAAUCAAGUACAAGACGCUGAAGUGGUGGCAAUGUGGCUUGCUCAUGAUCUGCGAGUCCGUGUCCUUGGGUGUGCUCUCUCUGCCCGCAGCCGUGGCCGCUCUGGGUCUCGUCCCUGCCAUCAUUCUCAUUAUCGGUCUUGGUAUCCUCGCCACGUACACCGGCUACAACAUCGGUCUCUUCCGCGAGCGCUAUCCUCACAUCCAGAACCUGGCGGAUGCCGGCGAAAUCCUCAUGGGCCCCUUUGGCCGCGAGCUGUUCGGCCUGGGCCAGUUCCUCUUCUGCAUCUUCGUCAUGGGCAGCCACAUCUUGACCUUCCGCGUGAUGAUGAAUACCAUCACUGAACACGCCACCUGCUCGAUUGUCUUCAGUGUGGUCGGCAUGAUCAUCUCCAUGCUUCUGUCGAUUCCGCGUACCAUGAAGGGCAUGACCUGGAUCUCUUUCGCCUCCUUCCUGAGUAUCUUCAGCGCCGUCAUGAUUACCAUGAUCGGAGUCGGCGUCCAGGACCACCCCGGUCGCAUCAUCGAAGCCACCGUUGACACCUCGCUUUACCGGGCCUUCAGCGCGGUCUCCAACAUUGUCUUCGCGUACUGCGCCCACGUUGCCUUCUUCGGCCUGAUCGCCGAGAUGGAGAAGCCGAAGGACUUCAAGAAGUCCCUGUUCAUGCUUCAGGGCUUCGAGAUCAGCUUGUACACCACGGCGGCCAUUGUGGUCUACUACUACGUCGGCAAGGAUGUGCAGUCUCCUGCCUUGAGCUCUGCCGGUCCUCUCCUCAAGAAGAUCGCCUAUGGCAUUGCCAUUCCUACUAUUGUUGGAGCCGGUGUUGUGAACGGCCACAUCGGUCUGAAGUACAUUUACUUCCGCACCUGCCACAAGUCCGACCUCAUCCACAGCCGCGGCUGGCGCUCGGUUUCCAUCUGGAUUGGUCUUGGUCUGGUCUGCUGGAUUGUCGCCUGGAUCAUUGCGGAGGCCAUCCCUGUCUUCAGCGACCUGAACGGCCUGAUCAGCGCCCUCUUCGCGAGUUGGUUCAGUUACGGUCUCAGCGGCAUCUACUGGCUCCACCUCAACUGGGGCCAGUGGCUCUCCAGCCCCAAGAAGAUCGCCCUCACGAUCCUCAACAUGAGCAUUGCCCUGUUUGGUCUGAUCCUGUGUGUCCUGGGUCUCUACGCCUCGGGCACCGCCAUCCACGAUGACGCGAACAGCAACAGUUUCACCUGCGCCAACACCGACUAAGUCCGGGACUCUUGCUUUCUGUUUACGACACGACACGACCUCUCGUUGACGAUGCGAUGCAUACCCAAUGACGACGGACCCCGUUGAUUGCAUUUUCUCCUCACAUAAUUAUAAUGUUUUUCUCACCGCGACGCAUCAUGCCCUUGGCCCAGCAGCCGGCCUUUCGGCUGGGCGAGGGCUCUCAAUCUAGCCAGCGUUAUUUGUUUGCAUGGCCGCGGGUGCAUCAUGAUAUCAUCAUUCGAUAAUGGCAUAAAGGGCGUUAGGGGGUGGAUUCAAUGACA